CAGGCUUUUGAAUAAGUCCUGAUUUUGUGUACCCAAAGUGCCACUUACUAACCAAGUAUCCUUGGGAAGGUCACUCUCUCUAAACAUUUUCAUUGGUGUAAUUUUUUAAAUUUGGCAACUGAUAUGAAUUUUGAACAUACAUUGCGGUGGUCUAAUAAAAUACAUCUGCUGGUUGGAUUUUGCCUGUGAACUGCAUCUGUAGCCUCUGGACUAAAGUGCUGAAACAUUUUGUUGGAGAAAUGUCUUCAAAGUCAGAAAAGGAUAAAGAGAGGCUGAUUCAAGCUGCCAAAACAUUCUUUCUUCACAUUCAAGAUUUUGCUGCCGUCACAAACACACUCACCGAAUUGUUUAAUAGCUGUAUGAAUUCUCAUAUCAUCUCAAUGGCUGUGAAAGAAGAUAGUUAUGUUAAGGAAGUCUUUGAACAAAUGGUCAGAAUUUUUAAGGAGAUGCAAUCUGUAGUGGCGGCCAAGGAUGACAACACGCAAAAGCCACCUAUAUUUUCCAAGAUUGCAACAGCGAUGUGCACAGUGGUUGAGAAGAAUACCAAUGUCAAAGAGUUGCAGCAGUCAUCUAGAGAAAAGUUACCACAAGUCCAUCUACCAUUCAUUGUCUCUCUGAUGAGUAGUGGUAACAUCAUUUCGAGUUUGGAAUCUGCUCUUUCACUCUUGAUGAUGCAUCCCAUCAUGAGUCUUCAAUUACGUGACUUCUAUAGAAAAGACACCAAAGAGCAAUCAGAUGCUACCACAUCUGAGCAAAGCUCAAGUGCAGGUCCAUCCAAAGUCAGUACAGUAGACAAUGUGAAAAAGUUGCAGGAUGCACUAAAAAUUGCGAAUGCUAAGAAUACCAUUGAGUCAGCCGCAGAACAAUUGGAGCAAAUUGUUAAAAAUAUGAGACCAACCUUAGAGAUCCUCCAAAAGGCCAUACAGACUCUGGAAAUUAGUGCAUAUGGGAUUAAGAAAGUCAAUGACUAGUAGAAGUGCAACAGAAGUGCUCAUUUUUGGCAGAAAAUGAGUUCAAAUCCUGUAGACAAGAACAAAAUGGGGAAGACACACCUGGUUCUAUCUUAUGCCUCGUUUCAUUCCUCCUCUGAGACCUUGCACACAGUAUGACCUGUUUGAAUGAAACAUAAGUAGGGAGAAAAAAGUGAAUUGCAUAAAGCAAAAGCAAAACAAAAUGCAUGAUUACUAAAAAACAAUAAAAGGAAGAAAGACAGAAAAGUCCUCUAAUACUUAUAACAGCUUCCCUUUUUAUCAGUAG